CAUCUCUUUUUUUCUUUUUCUUUUUUUACCCCCAAUUUUUGUGUCAUGUUUCUCUCUGAAUACUUGUUUGUUUCUAAUUUGUUGUGCUUUUUUGCUGAGUGAUUUAGAGAAUUUAGGUGAGUUCGUUUUGGGAUUCUGUGACACGACCUGGGUCAUCGCGCUUUUUUUUUACUUUGCUUUCCCUGUUUCCUCCCUUGGAUUCCGAUGGUAGGGUUUUUUGUGUGUGUAGAACAACAGAAUAAAGUUGGUAGCUUUAUUGGAAUCUGGUCAAAUCUGGCGCUACCCUUUAUUGUUUUGGCUGGUUUUUAAGUUUUGGCCGGCUUUGGGUUUGAGUUCACUUGAAACUUUCAAUUUUUGAGGCUGAGGCUGGGGUUCUGGUUCCUGAUUCUCAAUUCUGUGUUUUAUCUGCUCUUAGCUGUAAAAGUUUAAGGUUUGACCCGGUGUUGUUGUUUCUGAAUUGCCUUCUUUCCUGUUAGUUUAACAACGUUUUGGAGGAAUUCAAAUUGAAGCUUCCUACUUCUCUUUCACAUUUUGGGGUUGAGUAUUGCCUUCUUUCUUUCUUCCUUCCUUUCAUUUUACGUACUUCACAUACUGAAAAAUUUCUGUCUAUUUUGGAUCUGCUUAAACCUUGGUUGUAGAGCAGUUUAUUCAAGCUGUGUUUGGCUGUUUUGGUACUGGAAUAGUGAAUUUUGAGUUGUUCAAGGUUUUUCCACUGGUAUUUAAUCUAAUUCCUGUUUCUUGGGUAUUGGGUUUUAAGUUUUAAUAAUCCUUUGUAGAGUUAGUUUGAAGCUUUGCGUAACAUAGGGUGACUUGAUUUUCUUGAAGUUCUUGUGUUUUUUGCCAGGUUCCCAGUCACAGUGAUAUCAUGGAGUCUCCACAAUCUGUUGUGUCACCAUUCAGGAGCUCUGUCUUGGGUGAGGGUGAGAAGUACAAGUCUGAUGUUUUAACACGAAGCCCUGGUCCCUUGUCUAAGGACAUUGAAGUCAAUGGAAAGGAAGCUGUCAUGUCUAAUAGCGAGGAAUUCAUUGGUGUUGUUGAUGUUUACAUACAUCAGGCCAGGGACAUUCAAAACAUCUGCAUAUACCACAAGCAAGAUGUUUAUGCUAAGAUUUUCUUGACUAGUAAUCCUGAGAAUACUAUCUCUACCAAGACUAUCAAUGGAGGAGGAAGGAACCCUGUCUUUAAUGAGAAUCUUCGUCUAAGCGUUAGGACAAUUGAUUCUGUUCUCAAAUGUGAGAUUUGGAUGCUGAGCAGGGUGAGGAAUUAUCUUGAAGACCAGUUGCUUGGUUUUGCUUUGGUGCCUUUGUGUGAAGUACUGGUGAAAGAUGGGAAACUAGGGAAAGAAUUCUCUCUAUCUUCAACUGAUCUAUUCCAUUCUCCAGCAGGUUUUGUUCAAUUGUCUCUUGCUUAUAGUGGUGUUUUGCCUGAUGUUAUGACAAUUUCUGCAAUGCCUACUGAGUUGGCCACAAAUGGCACUGAGAAGGACUCUGAUACAUGCGAGUCACUGAUCAGAGAUUUAGAUAAAAUUGAGUUCCCAGAUCCAAAAAUUGUAAAUGAAGACCACUUGAUGGUUUCAGAAUAUUUUGGCAUUCCAUGUGAGGAGAGUCAGUGCUCUGAUAGCUUGACCACUACUGAUGCUGAAAAUCUUACAUGCAGUGUUGAGUCUCUCCAACCUCCUAAGGUUGAUUCUCCACCAAGUAGUGUGUCAACAAAUGGGGUUUCCUCUCCUUCAGUGGCUGCAAGCUCAGAAUCAUCUGAUGGUGCUGCUUCUAAGUCUCCCCUUCAGGAACAAGUUUCAGGCACCAAAGAGAAAAGUGUGGAUGUCAAAGAUGGUGAGAGUGAUUCCUCAAACGUUGUGCUGAAUGAAUCAUUCCCGAAGCCUGUUGUGACUAUGAACAUUGAGCCAGAGCCAAAGUUGGUGCAACAGGAUAUAGUAGACAUGUACAUGAAAAGCAUGCACCAAUUCACCGAGUCAUUAGCAAAAAUGAAGCUUCCUAUGGACUUUGAAAGUGGACCAACUAAUUCAGGAAACUCAAGCUCUGAACAGAAACUACAGGCUUCAAAGAGUGGCAACUCCCGUGUAUUUUAUGGGAGCCGUGCUUUCUUCUGAGCUUUUGCUUCCCUGGUGACUUAGAUUUCAGAACGAAAAUUGAUAUCAGUAGUGAAAUGAAAUAAUGUAUUAUCCAGUGUGGUUCUCUCUUCUGUACUUCUUGAUAUGUUAUAGGUGACACGGAUCUUAACUUUGUACUCUCACAGACUUGGUCCUAUCUUAACUGCUACAUGAACUUUAUCUGUCUUAACGUUAUUUCCUUGUGUUCCUUUUUGUUUUGAAUGUCAAUAAUUGUGUAAUCGGAUUUCAU